CGAAUUUUCUUUAAUAGUCCCACUUCUAAUUAAUCUAUAAAUAGGGGAGAAGAAGCUGGAGAACAAUCAGAAGAAAGAAGAGUAAGAGAAAAAUAAUGGAAAGUGUUAUGAAACCAAUUCGAAUAAUGAAAAAUGAUAGAGAGGAAGAAGAUGGUGGAGAACCAUUGAGUCCGAUGUCGCGGCUAUUUCACAAGCCUGAUUCCAACGUUUACAUCAUUGCCAUGUUAGGGUUCGCUGCGCCGAUCAACCCAGAGGUUGUCAAACACCACUUUGCUCACACAUUCGCUAAGCACCCUCGUUUCUCUAGUUUGCAGGUUGUGGACGAGAAACAUGGUGGGGAGUUGAGACGGGUUAAAACAGAAGUAAACAUAGACAACCAUGUAAUAAUUCCAAGGCUCGAUCCAAACAUGGACUCUCCGGACAAGUUUGUCGAAGAUUAUGUCUCUAACCUCAGCAAAACCACAAUCAGUAUGUCCAUCCCUUUGUGGGAUUUUCAUGUCCUGGAAGUGAAAACCUCUGAAGCCGAAGCCACCGCGGUUUUACGAGUUCACCAUUCCAUUGGUGAUGGCAUAUCUCUCAUGUCUCUUUUGCUUUCUUGUUCUCGUCAAGUAUCGGACCCUGAAUCGCUUCCGACCAUUCCGACUGCACGAAAAUCAAAUCGGAGCAAGAAAAAUAACGAGUCUUUAUUAGGGUUUCUGCGUUUCUUGUUGAUCAAGCUAGGGUUGCUAGUGCUUCUGUGUUGGAAUACUGGUGUGGAUGUGGUGAUGUUUGUGUUAACCUUUUUUUUCUUGAAUGAUACUGAAAACCCACUUAAAGCUCAAAAGCUUGGACCUUCUGCUAGGAGAUUUGUUCACACAACAUUAUCUUUUGAUGAUGUAAAGUUGGUCAAGAAUGCCAUGGCUGUAACUGUGAAUGAUGUGUUGGUAGGAGUUACACAAGCUGCUUUGUCUCGUUAUCUCAACAGAAAGUAUGGUAUGUGUAGGGAUGAAAAUGACGAUGGAAGUAGAGUAAAAAACAAUUUGCCGAAAAAUAUUCGUUUCAGAGCAUCUUAUGUUGUGAACACACGUCCGUUUUCAAAAAUCCAAACUUUUGAAGAUAUGAUUAAAGAAGGGUCAAAAGCGAAGUGGGGAAACCAUAUAUCUUCUAUACUAUUCCCUUUCACCAUUGCACUGCGAGAUGAUCCGUUAGAUUACGUACGUGAUGCUAAGCUUCAUUCCGAUCGAAAGAAAGCCUCUCUGGAAGCUAAAUGCACUUAUUUCAUGGCUAGGCUUCUUCUCAAAUUUUACCCCACCAUGUGAAUGACAAUGUGCAUGCUAUCCUCAUCAUGAGAACAAAAUGAACAAGCCAAAUUAUCAAAAGAAAUAAUACCUCUGCUGGCAAAAACAAUGAUAGAGGAUAUUCUAUUCCGUGCCAAUAGCCAUAAAUAGAAGAGGAUCCUUGAAGGAAGCUUGAAUUUCUAAAAGAAAGAGCAAACAACUUCAUCAGCAAUUCGGCGAUGACCUGCUGCUUGAAUACGACGAGUUGCUGGUGCUGAUUGACUUCGACGAGCUACUGCUGGUGUUUGAAGGUUACGAGCUGCAGCAGAAAACUAAUUUGACCUGCUGUGUGAUGAAGAACUGAAGCGAGAGAAGAAGGACUAGGAUGGCGCACUGAGUUGCUAGGUGAACCCGUAGUAACCAGCGAUUGCACCAAAAUUCUAAAAAAUGCUGGUCUAAAAUUAUUCUUUUGAUACCAGCAAAAAAAGAUCAUGCUAAUUAA